AUUGGGGUUUUUUGUGUUGCUGUUGGAGGGAGGCGGCAAAAGGAGGAAUUAGUGUGUUAUAACAGCAAGAGGUUCGGGACGGUGUUCUCUUUUUGUGGAGUCGUCUCCCCCCCCUUUUUUUUACAGGAUUGCGGAGCAGCAGCUUCUUUCUCAUGCCAGGGGUGGCCAUUCAGCAGUCUUUAGUUUUGGGAUGGGGUGGUGAAGCCUUGUGUCCAAAGAGCAGAGCGAAACUCGUGUCGAGGUGGGAAAUUUAGCAUUCAGACGACGGUGGACUGAUGCCUUUCAUACCAAGUUCUACUAGUGUUCUCUCUGACAUCUCUCCUUUGGCAUGAAGUGCAUAGUUACAGGGGGCAAUGUGAAAGCCCUGGGGAAAGCAGUACAUGCUCUCUCCCGGAUUGGAGAUGAAAUCUACAUUGAACCACUCGAAGAAGGGUUGUCUUUGCGUGCAAUAAACACAUCUCGCUCUGCCUAUGCCUGCUUCCUGUUCACCUCACUCUUCUUCCAGCACUACCAGGCUGGGGAAUCUGGAUCAGACUCAGAUGCUGGUGCUUUCCGAUGCAAAGUGCUCAUGAAGUCUUUCCUAGCUGUAUUCCGCUCAAUCCCUGCUCUGGAGAAGACAGUGGAGAAAUGUCUCAUGUCGCUGACGUCCAAGAAGAACUGGUUCCGCGUUCAACUGCAUUGCAAAUAUGGGGUUGUCAAGACUCACGAUUUGUCAUUCCAGGAAUGUGAAUUGUUACAGGCUGUCUAUGACAAAACACAAUAUGCCCAUUUACUGCGUGCUUCUCCCAGGCUAUUAGCAGAUGCUGUGGUUCAUUUCCCACUUAACCUGGCUGAGGUGACUCUGGGUGCCAGCCCUAAUGGCAAGGUGACUCUCCGUAGUUACCUAGAAGAAGAGACAGAGCCAAGUCGGAUGAUGGUGACGGAAAUGUGCCUGAGUGAGGAUGAGUUCCAGGCCUUCCACGUCAAGCAAGAAAUACAAGUCACUUUCUGCCUUAAGGAAUUCCGGGGUUUCUUGAGUUUUGCUGAGUCCUCAAAUCUUUCCCUUGAUAUCCACUUUGACAUACCUGGCAGGCCAGUUAUCUUUACUGUGGAGGAUCCUGUGCUGGAGCUACAACUGGUCCUGGCCACGCUUUCCGAAUCAGAAAGCCAUCUGCCAGCCAGCACUCACAAACCAGUUGCCCCAGCUGGUGACUUUACCAACGAUGACAUUGAUGCCUACAUGAUAGCCAUGGAAGCCACAUGUGAUGAAACGGAACCCUCUCCCAGCUCUGCUUUCGCCACAAGGCAUCCCAGCUCUGAAACCAAGGAAUCGGACAGUGAAAAUGAGGAUACUGUCCUUGGCACACCGCCGCAAAAGAAGUUUCGUUCCUUAUUCUUUGGAUCAAUUUUGAGUGAGUCCCAGUCCAGAACUCGUUCCUUUGCCAGCCAGGACGUACUAGCAGAGGACAGUGAGGGAGAUUCGUGAGCUCAUCUGGAUUGCUGUGCUGCGUGCAACACACCUCUAAAUCCCAGAGUCUUUGUCAGGCUAGGAUUUUAAUCCAACCUGCCCCAGCAAAAUACUUUGGCCAGAGAUAGAUCUUUGCAUUUUUUUUAAUGAAAUGAACAGGGUGUCAUGGAACUAUUAUUUCCAGUGUAGAAUUAUAACAACCAUCAGCUCGCUCUUUUUUUUUUUUGGAAAAGCAGAAAUGUAGGAGACGUUUCCUGCUUCAGGUUUGCAACUAAUGUAGAGCUCCAAUACAUUCGUUUUAUUAAAAAAGAUAUACUUCUCGGUGUUUGAUGCCAAGGCAUAUUGCUGCUGUAAUACAGACCAAGCUUGUAAGUUUCCUUUUAGAACCUUCCACUGUUUGGAGGCAGCUUUCCUCUCGUUCCCUGUAAUUAACAGGUUUUACUGCCAAAGCUCUCAUUAGUUGGAAGAUAUCUGGGAAUGAAAAAUGAAAUAAGAGAAGAAAAAACCUAGGCGGCUUCUAAAGCUGCCCUUACUCAGUAAAUAUGGAAGGUGGCAAAAGACUGGGCCUGAUCCCUUGUUACUUCUUGGUGCUUUCUCUAGCUCAAUCCAGCUUUGAAGUUAAAAGUGAAAACCGCCCUUAAUUAAAGGUCUUGCACGGUGCUUCUAAAGAGCAGGUGCAUUGGGGGGAAACAACCCGCUCUGAUUUUCUUUUAGGCAGUGAAAUGAUUGAAGCAACAGUUCCAAUCAAAGGGUUACCUCAAGAGAGGCCAUAACAGGGAAUACAGUCCAGAGUUUACCACAUGCUUCCUCAGAGCAGGCCUCAGCCAAUCAAACGUGAGAUAACUUGAAUCUGAUUGGAUUCCCUGCCAUUCUAAGAGGAAGCCUGAUUUUUUUAUUUCUCCCAUAAGUGAUCGAGUCCAAGGCCAGAGCUGUUGCUACAGCCAGAGUCUGACUUCAUUGCUACAACUUGUUCAGUUGUCUGUACGUUUUCCCAAAUUAGCCUAUUCAGAAUAUACAUCUAAUUGUACAGGACAAGCACUAUCCCCCUGAAACUCGGUGCUUUAAAGGAGGAAGGGGUGGGGGUGGGGGAAUUAUUUUGUCCGAAAGCAAGAAGCAUUUUUCUCCCAGCCCAUUUCAUUUUAUUUUCCCAAAACUAUAAAGAGAAGCAACUACAUUAAGAAUAUUACAUGUUUAUUCAAAAAAAUGAUGUGGUAACCCCAGGGGAGAAAGAGGUGCACACAUCAGGACACAGUUGGCAAAAAAGUCGAUCAAAAAUACCCCCAAAAAUAAUGACAUUCCCUUCCUAGAGAAUGAGAUAUUUUUUUUUUUUUUUUUUGGUACUCAAUCUCAUUCAGAUAUUUUUUUCUU